UUACUAUUACCGCGUAGUACAUAGACAUACCUACCUAAUAACCACUCGAAUCGCCCUUCGGCUACCGCAUCUCAUCUCGCUAUCAUUCUUUUCGAUAGUAUCUGAAUAAUUUCCUUCCUACUCACCUACCGAUUGCUUAUAGAGCACCCACUGUGUGGCAACCCUAUAAGUUGAAUCGGUGUAUAGUCUUCCUUCCGCACCUGGCGAUGUGGUAAUCCCCCUUACCCUCUCGCCUAUCUCCUUCAUAGUCCCUUCGUAGUCUGUCUCAGCGCGUCUCUCAGCCAGACGCAACCCAACAGACCCAGAUGGUGUCUUCAACUUACGUCACCGUCCUUUUCUCAGCACUCGCGCCCUGCAUAUCGGCUCUCGAAUUUACGAUCGCGGGCGGCCAGAUAUUCACACCUGGCUUCGCUGUCCUCAAUGCGCCACAGCCAGGCACGCCUCUCGGGGGAGACACCAUCGAGGUGGCCCUCGAUGUAACUGCCAACGGCAGAUUAAGUCUUCCCCCGUACGACGACGGCAGUCCUAGUCGUAUCCACAACAUCACCAUCUUCCUCUACAGCUACGACACGGGGAGGAAUUUCACCAUAACGAACGGGACGGCGUCGGAGAACGAUGUAAGCCUCGGAGACAUCAUGCAGUCUGAGCCGGGGAGCACCGUCAAGCAUGUAAAAUGGAACUGGCCGACCUGUCUCGUCGGCGACGGAAGGCCGACAACUGCAGACAGCGACCGAGGGGCGUACAACAUUUCCAUCCGCCAGAACUUCCGCUUGAACGGGGAGGACCAUUACACCAUCUUCGACGUCCCGAUCUCGGUGACGAACCGGAUCGACUUCACCGGCAACAACCCGCCUUGCGACGCCGUCGACAACCCUCUGCUGGCGCCGGAAGAGAUCGACGCCCAAGCUGCGAACAGCGUCGGCGUCCUCUUCGCGCCGGGCGAUUCGACGAUCAUCCAACAGUCUGGCUUGGGCAGCGCUGGCAGCCAGGACGGGAUCGGACCGCUCAAGCCGGAGGCCGGCCCGGGUGACGGCCUGGGAAGUGCUGCUAGCUCAGUCGAAUGGAGUCUUGCGGCAUACUGGACCUCGUUGAUCGCCAUCGCUUCGUUAUUUGCCUUCUAACUUUGCACCCAUAUAUCCAUAUAUACCCGUAAGGACUUACAGAAUUCGUAUAACACCUACAGCAAUAUAUUAGGUACUUCUUGUUAUCCAUCUGAUAGAAUACCGUUAUUUUCUGCCGUAACUUCUCUCACUCGUAUGAUUCUGCUUCCAUAUCCCCGUUAAACACAUGCACUACCUAUUGUAUGCAUAUAUCUCUAGGAAACUGUUUAAUCGUAUACCUAAGCCCCCAUCCCGCACUAUACUACAUACCUAGAAUAGGGAGUAUGCAAGGCGGCGAGUCAGUUGAGAUGAAGAGACCUUGAACCAAUCGUUGACC